GAUAACGGAUGAAGUGCAAAAAUAAAUAUAUUAAUAUUAUUUUUAAUAAAAUUAUCAGUUCAAUUGACUAACAUUAAAAAAAAUCUAUUUACUUCUUUAUAUCAAGAGUGAUGUAACACUUGAUAGAUUUAAACUGGAAUUUUUCAAUAUUGUGUAAACAUGAAAGAGAAGAAAUUUACAAAUUCUAGAAAUUCAUUUACUCUCAUUGUGUUUUAUAUGAUAACGAUAUUCAUUGAUCAAACAUCUUCUAAAUUAUGUGAUCUUGAAGAUUUUCGUUAUAUUGAUCGUAAAGUUUUUUGUGAGGCAGAUAACGGUGUAUCAACAUCAUGUUUAGGAACACCAUUUCCAGUUACCAGAGCAUAUAUUCAAUGUUCAAAUAAAUAUCAUAAUGAUAAAAAUAUUUCUCAAUUAAUUAUUGAUUGUAAUGAUGGAGAAUGGACUGAUAGCAUUUUUACAUGUAGACCAGAAUGUGAUGAUAGUCCCGUAUCAUUUACUUUAAUUAAUAAUCCAAAAGAAGAAUAUCCUCCAUGGUAUGCUGAAAUAGUUGAAUUUGCUCCAAAUAAUACAAUAAAAAAUAUUUAUCCAAGUAUUAUUUUUGCUGAAAGACAUGUUGCAACGAAAAAAGAAUUCCUAAAGAAUGGAUUUAAUGAGAAGAAUUUUAUAAUACGAAUUCCAAGAUUAAAAUAUAAAAAACCUAAAGAAUAUUAUAUACAUUAUGAAGAUAAAGGUGCCAAUAAUCAUAAACUCUUUCUUAAAGUUCCAAAUGAAACUGAGGAAGAAACUAAAAAUUCAACAACCAUAGUACAUAUAGAUCCAGUACAUUAUAUUCAAUUUGAUGAUGUUACAUUACCAGCUUGUGAUAAAGUUUAUUCAGAGAAAGAUAAGGGAAUUUUAAAACUCUUACAUUUUGAUCUUCGUCUUAAUUUUCCAAGGUGGUACGAAAAAGUUCUUCCGUUACAAGAAAAAAAUUGCUUUGUACCAAGAGUAGAUUAUACAAGAAUGGAAGUAGAAUGUUUUCAUGAUAAAUCAGGACCACCUACAAUAUGUAAAAAUAGAGCUGAUUCUGCAUUAUUAAGAUGUCAAAUUGGUUAUGAACAAACAAAUUCACCUACUAGUGAUCAUAUUGCACGUUGUUUUUUCUUAAACAGAUGGUUUUAUAGAUAUGGUGAAGCAAAUAAUUGUAAUUUAGUAUGUGGUGAAAUAGAUCCAAAUUAUCGUCCAAAACAAACAACUCUAAUACAUAGAGGUAGUAAAACACAUACUGGAUUUGCACCAUGGCAUGUUGCUAUAUACUUAAUUGAUAAAAGAAAACAAACAGUUAUGCAAAUAUGUGGUGGCACUUUAAUUCAUUCCAACACGGUUCUAUCAGCUGCACAUUGUUUUUACAAUACUGGUACAAAUAGACUUAAUAAUGCAUCGAAUUAUUUAAUUGCUGCUGGUAAAUUUUAUCGGCAGUAUGAAACACAAGAAGAAUCUGAACAAUAUGCUAAUGUACUUAGUAUACAUAUACCUCAUAAUUAUGAGCAACUUCCAAUUAAAAAUGAUGUAGCAGUUUUGAUACUCGAUCAUCAUUUAAGAUAUACACCAUUAGUUAAACCGAUAUGUAUUGAUUUUAGUUCAAAUAUAAUUCCUGAAAAUCUAGAAGGUCAUAUUGUUGGAUGGGGUGCAACAUCAAUUGAUGAUGAAAUCAGUAAUGAAUUAUUAACAGCAAAUUUUACUACUGUAACAAAUAAACAAUGUAGAACAAUAGUUGGACCAAGAGAUAAAUCAGAAAUAACAAAUGAAAAAUUUUGUGCUAUUAAUGAGAAAGGUUCAACUGCAUGCCAAGGAGAUAGUGGCGGUGGAUUUGUAGUAAAAAAACGUGUUGGAGAUAUAGAACGAUAUUUUCUACUUGGUGUAAUAAGUGUUGGUUUAAAUAGUGAAAAAUAUUGUUCUGAUGGUUUUACAACAGUAUUUACAAAUAUUUUAAUAUAUGAAGAUUUAAUUAAGAAUAAAACUUCAGCUGGUAGAAAUGAUGAUUUCUUUAAAAAUAUUGAAGCAAAAUAUCCAUUUAAUAAUGAAAAUGCUUCAUUUUAACUAUAUAUGAAAUUUUAAUAUUAUAAAGGCUUAUUGUUGAUAUUAAGCAGCUUAGUAAUCUUUUAUUAAAGAUAAGACAAAAAUUUAUUAUACUCAAUUUUUAAUGCCUUAUUCGUAUUUUUUUUUAAGAAUUAGAAAUUUUAAUCUUAAAAAUUUUAUAAUUUUAUACUCGUAUAAAUUUUUAAUAAUUACAUAAGUCAUCUGUGAACUUGCU